AUGAAAAAAGACGUCAUCUCAGCGAAACUCGAAAGUUUUUCUCCCCACUGGCACGACGGCGCUAUCAAGCCCUCUCUCCCAUCGGUAUCUGAAUGAUUUUUUCUUAUCAUUGGGUAUGUUCUCUCCAAAACUACCCAAAAAGGCGUCUUUGCCGUCAUUAUAUGUAGUUUGCGUAGAACCUUGAUAAUUGGUCUUAUCUUAUAAGCCAAAUAUUCCGCGCAUUGGCCUCAUUCGAAGUUCUUCAUUACGGCUUCUUGUCAUUCUUUACGAUCUACUAUUUUUUGUGAAUUUGAUAGUUAAUAGUCUCAUUGUUUUCUACCUUGAAAAUAGACGGUUUUUUUUCUAAUCUCAAUUUCAAUUUGCAUCAUAUCUCUCUCUUAAACACUUUCAAAAUGGUGUUUAAUUUUUACUGGAGUCUUAGUAUUUUUAAUCCCAAAAAAGUUCCAAAACUGACGCACAAAAUUUAUUUCUGAAGCAGUUAAAGAUCUAGGUGUGGUUUGUCUCGUUUUUUUUCCUGCAAAGAUGACCCUAUACCAAAUUGGACCACAUUUGACGGAGUUUCCCUUCCGGGUCUUUGCUUGUUGCCUUCUUUUUUUCGCAGUUUUGUAGAGCACAUAUUCAAAAAAGCUGUUUUUUUGGUAGUUCUUUUUCAUGCUUUUUUCAACGCAACAAGUCACUUUCGCCUUUCAACUUGGGAAAAAUUGAUUAUAUUCCUAUCUAUAUUUCUCAGAAAUAUCACCAAACUUUCAGCCAGAGAUGGAAGAUUUUGACGCCUACAGAGCCAUGUGCGCCAACCGUCUGCGACGCCUCGAGCGUUAUAAGAAAGCGCGCAGCUUCUGCAACUUGGAGUUUGACGAGGGGGCAGCAGCCAAGGUGAAUUUUGAAAAAUUAGUUGUUCUCUAUGGUCGUGAUGGAAAAGAGAGGUCAGAAAAGGCAGAUUGUUGCAAUCCGUAGUGGGUGAGGUACUGUUGGUUGAAUGCUGGCUUAAUCCGAAGUUUCGAAAAAGAAAAACAACUUCCUUUUUUUGGUGCUUUAGUAGCAGAGGAAAUCCAAGUUUUCAGAUGGUCGACGAGCCAUGCACCACGAUGGCGUCGCCUUCAUCGGAAGAGUCAACGACGUCAUCAGAGCCGUCGACAUUCGACCAAAUUCGCGAGAAAAUGGUUUGUUUGGUUUUGAUUUCCAGACGAGUCGGUAGUUGGCGCCACUCAAUAAGGAACUUGUUUGUUGAGCCGCAGGGAAGGGAAGGGGACAUGCCAAGGCGACGCCGUAUUUACCGGUCACUAGCGGUCGACUAAUCCGGGCGUGUCGUUUUGUACCUGCGGCUUUUGUUCUGCUGCAGUGCAGGCGGAAGACAAUAAAAAGCUUGGGGCGAUAUGUUUUGCUUCGCAAUCUUUUUGGCCACUAGAGCUAGUCCCCUGGUUAUCACUCCUAUCAGGAUAUUGCCUUGCCUCAUGGACUUAUGGCACCGACGGCGCUCAAACGGUACAAUGGCGUGUGGAAAAGAUGAUUACUUGAAUUGUCAUUCCUUUCAAGGAGUCUUUGGCCUUCGAACUUUGAACGCUCUUAUUAUCUUCUCUUUAUCAUGUUUAUACCAAAAACAUUAUAUCGGAUUAUACUCUCUGGUCUUGUGCUCCAAAGUUUGCGUUCCUUAAGGAUUAAAACGUUUUCUCUAGAAUUUAAUCUAUUGGAGCUAGAGAAAUUUCAUUCAAGACGUCUUCACGGACUGUGAACUUGGAUUUUUGCCGGACAAGAAGAGUCAUAACGGCGGCAUUAUUGAACGGAGCGCGAUCGGCCAACACUCGUUCGGUUGCGCCAACCUCCUCAAUCUACUUAUGGUCUCAACUCAAGGCGUGUGGAGGACAAACAAACAGACAUGCGUUGUGUGACGGAAUUAAUGCACAUAUCCACGCCUCAAACAGUCGAAAUAGUGAGCUCCACUGUAAACAGUCCGGAAAAGCGGAUGAUCUGAAAACACGACUGCCAGUCUCGCGUCACAUUCGCGUCACAUCGAUAAAGACCAUGAUAGUCUAUUGAGUAACAAUGUCGUCACUGCAACGGAAUAAUGGGCAAAGUAUGAUUCAGAAAAAGAAAAGAAGGAACGGUUCGAAUGGCAGUUUUUAUCGAUGUUUAUCGAUUUCUCAUUUGAAGAAUGUGCGGUUUCGUUUUUAACUCAAUAAAAUCUAACAAAGAGGUUCUCUCGGAGAAUAAAGUGAAGGAUCACUAUCUCUGAAAUCACCUAUGUAUUAUUUGAGAGAAAACGAGAAAAAAGGAAUUUUGAGAGCGAAAUAUGAUUUCAAGAGUUCAGCUUUUUACAGUAGCAUUUUUUGAAAAGAUUAAAUAUGGCGUACGUCAAAACUUUGAAGUUUACUCUAGCUUGGAAACAGUUUCGACUACCGUAAUGACUGUAGAAAUGUUUGCUCCCAUUAAGCACACCUAAUGAGAGUCCCUAUCAAUGUCUGGUCAUUUGCACAAGAUGUCUUUGGCUCUCACAGAUAUUUAUGUGUGGGCCUCCCGCGGGGAGGUUUGCUCCGUCGCACUUGCACUUGUGGCAGCGACGGCGACUGGAAUGUCGCGGGAAUGUGAUGAGACGUCUGUUUUGGGUCGGAGGACGGUUUAAUUUCUUGACGGGACUUUUAUGAGACGGAGAUUGUUGCCGUAAACAAUUGGAAGCUCUUCUUUCAGUUUUCUGGUCAUAAAAAACUUCGACCGCUGAUAAAGACUACGGAAUCUAACCAAAAACAAUUUGAAGGGAAGUCGCUGGAUUUUUAUAAUGUUCCAAAUCAUCAAAAUUUCUUAAUGAGAUAAUUUAUCAGUCUCGGCUUCAAGUUACGAUAGAUUUCUUUUUUAUCUGAAUUUUAAAUGCUUAUUUUAAAGUUAUUCCUGAAAAACGUCGCAAAACGGUUCGAAACUAAUUUCUGUAAGGCGUUUUUUUUAAAUAUUUUUUUUCUUUCACAACUGGUUUUGAACGACUUUGUGAAUGUUGGCAACGCUCUGGCUUCAAGUCUACGCUUUCAAAGAUUUGAUAACCAGUAUUUUUGGACACUGAUAAGAUAAGAAAGCUGUUUAAAUAACCCAAUGUGACUCAAGAACUCAAAAACCAGUCUAUUCGGGUCAAAGUAUGAGACGAAGGCCACACCAAACUUUGUUUGACGAAAAGUUCUCUUGACCCGUACCUCUUUUUUCGUUUUUAUAGACCAGAAAAAAGACCAUUCAAAUUCUACGUUGAUAUUUGUCGACCUCAAAAAAAAAGAGAGACGACCUCGCGUUGCAUAUUUAAUAGAGGGUCUGAGCGCUGGUUUCAUCCGAAUAUCGAUGGCACGAGGCAGAAACCAAAAAUGAUUGGCCCUCAACAUUGAUUGAUGAAACGCGCCGGUCCGCCAAAUAGCAAUCAUGCGCGGUUUUGUGGCCGACACGGGAGCCGCCACGGUGCAGAGCGGAGACAGCUGGUCACAUAAUACUGUGAAUGGACAGCUGGUUGGACGCCUGCCAACAGCUCUAUUUCCAUAUAUCGCCCGGAUCUAGCAAUCUAAAGUUUUUUGAAAAAAGUCAGGGAAUCUAUGGAGCCUUGAAGCCGAGGAAGAAAGUCGAAGUGAUUGAAACAUGAUAUAUUAAAUCACUGUGUGAAAGGCUUUUAAAUAAUUAUGUUAGUUCAGAGGAAAUGAGGCUGGUCGCUUUCUGUGUAAAACUAAUUUUUCGCAGUUGUGAAGCAUUUUUUUUCUCAUUGUUAGAAUAAAAUUCAGGAAGGAGACUUCAAAUUUAUAUCGGAAAAAAACUAAAAUUUUGCUCAAAAAGUGACUUUGUACAAUCCUUGGAAGGGUGUUCAAGAUUAGAAAGUUAAAGUAAAAUAAAAACUUUCAAAUGAGCAAGUCCACUCCAGGUGGAGAACAAUUGAUUUUUCCCCCAAGACCCUUUUGAUCUGGACUGCCAACCAGAUUUGAACAAGCUUAUUGGGCUAGACGCGUUUCGAGGUUUGGAUGCGACGUGACCUGUCGAGCUCGCAAGUCGGACUCGAGUCCUGCGAUCCUCCUGCGAUUGCGCAAUACACACUCCUCAGAAGUCGUGUUUGCCUUCGACACCACCAGCGGUCGUGUCAGCUUUAACAGGUCUCGGCGAGUGGCGUCAUAAAAAUUGGAGACGAGUAGAGAAAAGUCGGAGCCGCCAGAAGCCGUCAUCUUUUGUUUGCUUCCGCUGCCGCCCCAUAUACCAGCGACGUCUGCCGCUGGUCACCAGACAUUUUUUUCGUCCUCUCCACUCGUUGGCCUAAUCUUGGCCACGUCUAAUGAUACACUUCCUGUGCGGUGCCACCUGUCCUGUAUCCACUCCAAAUCUACCAGAUGCCCAACCAAAUUUUAUGGAAUUAGAGAAGGCUGUUGGAAAAUUUGUUUGACAGGAGGCGUGCUAGAGUGACUUAUUAAGAUUUUUUUGUCAAAAAAACAGGAAGAAAAAGUCUUUUUAAAUUUGUGAUUUUGUAAAUAGGCCUUUUAACUUUUUUUAACUUUUUGAAGUUUAUGAGAAAAAUUUUAUGGAAUGAAGAUGUAGAAACAGGUCUCGGAUGAAUUUUCUUUUUUUCAAAUGGACCUUGUUAUUACUGGAGCAAACAAAGUCGGUAACGAUACGCCGCUGAAAUAUAACCGUGCAUGCACAGCUCAGCAGAUCGAAUUGCACAAAGGCUCAUUCUGAACGCAAACGAAAGUGAAACCUGUCCAUAUUCAUUACAAAUCGGAAAUUUAUUAGGCUAUUAGUUUUUAAUCGAAUGAUUUUUUCAGUUCUCUCUCAUGGAGAAUGAUAUGAGUCUGCUGCAACAACUGCUCACCCUCGGCGACCAGAUCAACGAGAUGAAGAAGCACGGUCUCCGACGAACCGUCAGCACUGGCAGCAUCGAUUAUGAGGAAGAAGAGAAAGGGGUCCGUGAAUCCACUUUUUCAUUGGCUCGAGCUCAGCCCCGUAACAACAGCUUACAAGGCAAAAAAAAAAAACAAAGAUAUUUAUCAGAUAUUACAGUAUCGAAAACUAAUAAAUAUCAAAAAAAAAAAUUGCGACGGCUGUUGAUUUUCUUAGUAGGUCAGGGUUCUCGGUGUUGAUUUAAUUUAUAGUCUUUAGGACCACUUCGACGAAGGCUUCUCGGCCUCGAUGUCCGCGGUGACUACUCUUUACGUCGACGAUGAGCAGCCGCAGUUCUUCUCGAGACAAAACUCCGUUCUACGUAUUCCCAUCCCACCGCGUAGCAGCAACCGUUUUGGACCCCGGCGGGUGGUCAGUCUUUUCAGAUAUAGGAAAAAAUAAUUUUUGCUAUCAAAUUAUGAAGCUUUCGGCUAAUACAAGGUUAUAAAAGUUGAUGUCUUGUUCAAAAUAAUUCAAUUAAUCUCAAAAGACCUUAUUGAUCGUCUUGAGGUUUUUCUAGAAAAGCAAACAAGGAAAACCCCUCAACUUGAUUAUUUCACGCCUGUGAAAAAAUUUGAACGCCAGCUAGAAAAAAGAUGAAUACGAAACUUCUAGUUUUUCCCGACAAUUAUCCGAGUUUGCAGAUCCGCCGACCGUCGGACGUCCUGCGACAGCAGCAGCCGACCGGCGUGCGUCGUUUGCACAUCAACAGCGACGACACGGGAUCCGACAGUUCAGAUGGUGCUCAAUCGCCGCAGGGCGCCGUUUCUUCCGGAUCAGUCAGUUACAGCACGUCCAACGCAUCCACUAUUUCUAUUGCCUCCGCCAAGAAGAAUCGGUAAAUUUUGUUCUGUCCUAAAAAUCAAACUUUUUUACCAAUAUGUGUUUUUUUCCUCGCAUUUCUCAGGGAACGCGUGUUGAGAACAUACUUCAAAGCAAAAUGUCAAGACUUAGUAGCGGCAUUACGAGAUAAUUAGAUAAAUCUCACUUAUUCAAACGUGAAGGAUGCAUUUUUCAGUUAAGUUAUCUUUUUUUGCAGCUAAAAAAAUAUUUCAGCUCUUCAAAUUCGAGCAUCGACUCAGGAAUCAGGGACGAAAAUUCGCCGUCGCCUACCUUUGAACGCGAAGUCGCCUAG